UAUCACCCCCCUUACCUUUCUCUUCUUCUCAGUUUUAUUCAUCAGUUUUAGGGUUUCUCUCUUUCUUCCUCCACCACCGCUGCGCCGCUCCUCCUUCUGCUCAGAGGUUGUUCUUCAGCCUCUCCAGCAACAACAGCAACCAAUCAUGGCGAAUCAUGAUCUGACAUCAAGAAUAGCUCUAAACUUAGAUCGACAUCUUGUUCUUCCACUCCUUGAAUUUCUCCAGGAGAAACAAAUCCAUCCCGAUGUUCAAAUCCUCAAAGCUAAAGACGCACUUCUCAGCCAGACCAAUAUGGUUGAUUAUGCUAUGGAUAUCUACAAGUCUCUUCAUCAAACUGAUGAUGUUCCUCAAGAAAUGAUUAAUAGACGUGCUGAAGUGGUUAGGAGAUUGAAAUUGCUUGAAGAUGCAGCUGAAUCGAUUAUUACUUUCCUUCAAAGCCCGAAUAUGAUUAACGAACCACGCCCUGAUAAGCAGUAUGUUCUUCAGCUGCUGCAGGGAUACCAGAUUGGUGCUGAGCAAAUUGAGGCAUUGUAUCAGUAUGCCAAAUUUCAAUUUGAAUGUGGGAAUUACUCGGGUGCAGCUGAUUAUUUGCAUCAGUACAGAGCAAUUUGUACUAAUCCUGAUAGAAUUUUGAAUGCAUGUUGGGGAAAGCUUGCAUCUGAGAUAUUGAUGCAGAAUUGGGAUGAGGCUCUUGAUGAGCUUAAUCGGUUGAGAGAGAUUAUUGAAUCAAAGAAUUUCAAGAACCCAUUGACUUUACUCCAGAAUAGAAUCUGGUUGAUGCAUUGGAGUCUCUUCAUCUUUUUCAACCACGAGAAUGGAAGAAAUGGCAUCAUUGAUCUAUUUCUCAAUGACAGGUACAUGAAUGCGCUCCAAACAAAUGCACCCCAUCUUUUACGUUAUUUGGCAACUGCAUUGAUUGUCAACAAAAAGAGAAGACCUCAACUCAAAGAGUUGAUCAAAGUCAUCCAGCAAGAGCAAUCUGCAUACAAGGAUCCCAUCACUGAGUUCUUGUACUGUUUGUAUGUCAACUAUGACUUCGAUGGUGCACAACAGAAGCUCCGUGAAUGUGAGAAUGUGAUUUUGAAUGAUCCAUUCCUUGGCAAGCGAGCUGAAGAAGGAAACUUUAGCACUGUUCCCUUGAGGGAUGAAUUUCUUGAAAAUGCCCGUCUCUUCAUCUUUGAGGCGUACUGCAGAAUCCACCAGCGCAUUGAUAUUGCAACUCUUGCCGAGAAGUUGAAUAUGAAUUUUGACGAGGCAGAGAGAUGGAUAGUGAAUCUUGUUCAGAAUGCAAAGCUUGAUGCUAAGAUCGAUUCUAAGCUAGGAACUGUUGUAAUGGAGCCCACUUCUCUCAAUGUGUAUGAGCAGAUCAUUGAGAAUACCAAAUCACUUUCUCUGCGUACCUACAAAUACGUAAAUCUUGUUUUAGAAUCAGCAGCACCACCGGUAACGGCUGCUCGUUAGAGAAGAGGUAGUAGUGUUGGGGCUCUCGAAGUUUACUUUUGGGGAAGGAAGAAAAUUUGGUCUCGGUGUUUUGUUUUUGUUUACUUGUUUCAGUUUCAUCUAAAGCAUAGAAAAACCAAGAGUUGCAGGAGAACUUGUAAUUUUAAUAUACUUGUUUUUUAGGGUUCUUUGAAGAUAAAACACUGUUCUUGUUGAUUUAUCUAACAUUAAAUUAUGAAAUUAUUACAUUUAAUUCGGAUAGUAAUACUUUUUGUUAUUUUCCUCAA